UUAAAUUGGAUUAUGCAAAAAUAUAUUUACACAUAUGAUAUGGUAUUGAGAAUGAUGCUGGUGAUAAAGUGUUAUGUGAAAUUUUUAUUUUCAAAUAACGUGUAAUUAAAAGAUGCAGUUUCACAUAUGGGGAAUUAUAUUAUUAAUGGAAAUUAAUUUGAGAAUCAUGAACGCUAAAACAGAUCCAUAUCAUGCUCAGAGGAGUGUGGAGGGGAGCUUUCACGAUAGCAACAACAUAAAUCAAAACUUCUCAUCAGAACCGUCACAGCCAUAUUUUGAUUUUUCGGUUACACGAAAUAUCACAACGCGCGUUGGACAAACAGCAUUUUUACACUGUCGUGUCGAGGAUCUGGGUGAUAAAUUGGUGAGUUGGAUAAGAAAACGGGACCUUCACAUACUCAGCACCGGCUUAUCCACAUACACAUCAGAUGAAAGAUUUCAGAUUGUGGAGCAUGAGCCGUCCGAGAAUUAUACAUUACAAAUAAAAUUUGCCCAAAUACGAGAUGGUGGGAUUUAUGAAUGUCAAGUUUCAACAGAGCCAAAAAUGUCAUUGGCUUAUCGUCUUCAUGUUGUAGAGGCGAAAGCAAUAAUUUUGGGACAGAGUGAUUUAUAUGUAAAAAUGGGAAGUAAAAUAAAUUUAACGUGUGUGAUAAGCCAAGGGCCGCAUGAUUUAGGAACAAUUUCGUGGUAUCGAGGUUCUGUAAGAAUCAAUCAAACUCAACAUAAUGACUUGGCAUUACCUUAUCCUCAACGCGUAUCUGUAGAAGUUAAAUGGACUGAGGCUCUAACAUCUAAGUUAAAAAUAUUAAAUGCACGUCUUUCUGAUAGCGGCAACUAUAGCUGUGUUCCUUCAAUAGGUGAACCGAGUAGUGUUAUGGUUCAUGUAAUCAACGGUGAGCAUCCACAAGCGAUGCAAAAAUCCGGUAGCUUUAAAUUUCAUCAACUCAAUAAAUGUUACAUCAUCGCAUUUAUGUUUCUUACAUCGUUUUUCAUAAAAUUCAAUUUACAAUGUAGAAUAGCAACAACAUUAUUAUUAUAGAUUGAUGAUGAAGUAAAUUUUAUGUAUGCAUAAUGUAUCGUAUGGUAUAAGUUUUCUCCUUUCUAACCCCUUUUUCUUCCUGAAUAUUGUAUGCCAUACUUAUGAAGCGAAGGCUCCCAUGGCAUUAUACAAUGUAUGUUGAGUUAAUUGAUGAAAAUGAAAAUUGAAACGAGAAAAUAUUAUAAAUAUAUGAUUGAGGAUGGCAAAAAUCCACGAAACAAUUUACUAUGACGUUGUUGCUGUAGAAUGUCUUCUUUUUGUUUGGAGAAAAUGUAUGUGGAAGUGGAAAUUUGUGUGGGUUUGUUGCUUGGAAUUUAAUUUAAUUUUACAAAGAUUUUCGACUGAGUUCUUCGGAACUUAUUAAUUGAAUAUUAUUGCGAGUAUAUACACUGGAGAUAAUUUUGUGUGACUGAAGCUAGCCGGCGUGUUGUAACCAAAUGAUUUGAAAUUUGUUUAAAUUGAAAAAUUUGAUUUUGAAAAACUGUUUCCCUUUUAUAACUUAAAAUGAAAAUAAAUCAAAUUUAGGCGGUCCAAUUUAAAAUAUUAUUGAAAAUAUGAAAUCAUUGAAAAGAGUACAUAAUAUUCGAUGGAUGACAUGGUUUGGACGAAAUUUUCAAAUGUUGGUUCAUAACUAGAAGUAGACAUAAAUCAAUUGCGGACGGUCCAAUUAAAAAUUAUUUUUGUAAAUUUGGAAUUCUUAAUGAAAAUAGAUAUUUUUAAACAUAUACCAUGACAUUGACGAUUUUUUGAGGAAAAAAUUUUUUUGACUGUCCACAGCUUAUUUUGGACAUAAGUCACUU